GACAUUAUUAACCAAUAUCCAUCAAGACCACAAUUUGUAUAUUUAGUAUUUACUAAUGUAUUCAUAGACUUAAAAAUUACCAUAACUGGCUUAAACUGGUGCUAAUAUCUUCUAAACAACAACCGUAACACCCUAUUGUACGAUGUGCUACGUAAUUAUUACCGGGCGUAGUCUUGCGUGGUUGCUUUUAAGUUUAGUAGCGUUCAUGCUAAUUUUAACCGGUAUAAUGACGCCCAAAUGGCUUUUAGGUCAGCCUGUUGUAUUAAACGAGAACAAUACAACAAAGUUUUAUGUACCCAGCGUAGGAAUAUAUAACCGAUGUAUUCGUAUGAAACAUGACCGUUACAACUGUGCACCAUUCUCUUUGUAUGGGUUGGCUACUGAUUCUUCUGUAUAUCCUAAACCAUGGAAGGCUGCACUGUUUUUCUUAUCUCUAUGUGCAGCGAUACAGUUUUCAACAGUUUUAGCUGGAGUACUGGCGUGUUGUGUGCAGUCGGUGUUUAAGAAGAGCGUGAUAUCUCUAGCAGGAGCUACUCAGGCUUUGGGAGGUUUCUUUGGAGUCUUGGGCCUUCUCCUCUACCCGUGGGGCUGGGGCGCGUCCCGUGUGAAGCGUCUCUGCGGUGACUACUCGGAGCCGUAUAUACCAGGAGAAUGUUCGAUCGGAUGGGCCUUCUUCGUGACAGCUAUAGGAGUAGCUCAAGUAUUUCUGGCCAGUGCAUUAUCCAAGACCGCUGACAAAGCAGCUAGCUCAGAUAAAGUUCAGUUCCAGAUGGAUGAAGGGAAACAGCUCAUAUGUCUCGUCUGAUAAGUCCGAAUCAAUUAUAACCCUACAGUUCUAUUCUGCGUGAAUCAACUCAAAACUCACCGUCCUGAAAUUCCAUAAAGCGUUAAGCGACAUUGAUUGUAAGAAUUAUUAAAUUUCAUGUGUAUAAGGAUCAAAAUAGCGUACGGUGAGUCGGUAUACAUUUCACA